CCAAACCUCGUCCGCCAGAACAUCGCGGUUAGUAUUAACUUCCGGCUCCUCAUACAGAGAGGAGACCAAGAGAGUUUGAACGUGGGUACCCUCGGGGGAAGUUGAGACGAGUCGUUCUUAGAAUCUAUCCAGAAUGAUGUCGAUAGGGUGUCGUACUUUGUCUUCUUACAAUGCGGAUAAAAGAUAAUGGCAGCUAUCUGCUACGAUGGAGUUGGGCAGUCCCAGACCAGAAGAUUGAGAGAGAGAGAGAGAGAGAGAAAGAGAGAGGUGACGGUGGAGGAGGAGGAGGAAAAUGGAGAGUUCGGUUGCAAUGUUGAAUCUGAGAUCCCAAACUCCAACUCUCCCCGGACUAGAACGAACUCAGCCGCUCACUUUCAAGAUCCCAAACCCCAAUUUUUCCUUCACCAAAAAGGUUCCACCCUCGAAGUCAGAAGAGCGCUGCAGCUUCACAGAACACCAACUGGUCCAAUUGUCCAACCAGGGAAAGCUGAAAGAAGCCGUAGUGCUACUCGACUCUGAGUUGAGAGGUAGGAAAAUCAAAAGGAGCACCUACAUUUCCAUGUUACAGGCGUGUAUCGAUGUGAACUCUAUGUCUGAAGGAAGAAAAAUUCAUGCCCAUAUUAAUUCUGUUGUUGGUUAUGAGCCUGAUCCAUAUAUUCGAACGAAAUUAGUGAGCAUGUAUGCGAGAUGCGAUGGUUUAAAGGAAGCUAGAAGAGUAUUUGAUGAAAUGUCUCAGCGAAAUAUCUUCACCUGGUCUGCAAUUAUCGGCGGAUAUGCAAGAGAAGGGCUAUGGGCGCCAGUCACCGAACUAUUUGUUCGGAUGAUCCAAGAAGGAAUCACCACUGAUGCGUUUCUGUUGCCAAAAGUUCUGCAGGCUUGUGGAAACUUGGGUUUGCUGAGGAUGGGAAGGACCAUUCAUUCCAUGGCAAUUCGAAUGGGUUUUGAUGGUCUGCUUCAUGUAUACAAUUCUUUAAUGGCUAUGUAUUGGAAGUCUGGAGAACUCAAUACUGCACGUCGACUGUUUGAUCAGAUGCCUCUGAGGGACUGUGUUUCUUGGAAUACGAUGAUAUCAGGUUAUUGUGCCUUUAAUCAAAAUGAAGAAGCACUGAAGUUGUUUUAUCAGAUGCAAGUUGAAGGAAUAGAGCCGAUACCAAUGACUUGGAACAUACUGAUCGCAGGAUAUAAUCAGGUUGGCAAUUGUGAUUUCGCAAUGGAGCUGAUGCAGAGGAUGAAGAGCCAUGGCUGCAAUCCUGAUGUUUAUACAUGGACAGCAAUGAUAUCUGGGUAUUCUCAGAACAAUAGAGAAAAUGAAGCUUUGAGUCUCUUUGUUGAAAUGCUGUUGGCAGGAAUUAAACCCAAUGGAUUGACCGUAACAAGUGCACUUUCAGUUUGUGCUGACAGGAAAAACCUCAGAAAGGGUAUGGAGAUACACUCUGUUGGAGUGAAACUCGGAUGGGCCACCAAUCUCCUUGUGGCAAAUGCGCUAAUUGACACAUACGCUAAAUGUGGGAAAUUAGAAAGUGCCAGGGUAGUGUUUGAUACAGUUCCGGAAAGAGACAUUUUCACAUGGAAUUCCAUGAUUGCAGGAUAUGCACAAGCUGGAUUCUGUGGCAAGGCUCAUGACCUAUUCUGUCAGAUUGAGAGUUCAGGUAUCCGCAGAAAUACUGUGACUUGGAAUAUAAUGAUUUCUGGAUACAUGAAGAGUGGUGAUGAGGAACAGGCUCUUGAACUCUUCCAGGAAAUGGAAACAAGAGACGGUGUGAACAGGAAUACUUCUUCCUGGAAUGCCAUUAUAGCCGGAUCAGUGCAAAAUGGGCACAGUGACAAGGCACUACAAAUAUUCAGACAAAUGCUGUCGCUUUCUGUUAGACCUAAUCAGGUCACCAUGUUGAGCAUGUUGCCUGCUUAUGCUAAUCUGCUAGGAGCAAAAAAGGUACGGGAACUUCAUGCAUACCUAUUUCAUGUUGGUCUAGAUUCAGAGGCUACGAUUGCAAACUCACUUAUUGAUACCUAUUCCAAGUCUGGGAACAUAUCAUGUGCCAGAGUUAUAUUUGACAGAAUGUUGUUUAGGGAUAUUAUAUCUUGGAAUUCGAUGAUUGCUGGCCAUGUUCUUCAUGGACAAGCAAAAUCAGCCAAGGCUCUGUUUGAUCGCAUGAUGUCUGUUGGUGUUACCCCAGACAAUAUUACCUACACAAGCAUGAUCCUUACCUAUGGACUCCUGGGAGUGAUUACAGCAGGGGUGGAACUGUUCUCCAGCAUAUAUGAGGAUUCCCCAUCUAUGCCAGGCCAAGAACACUUUUCUCCCAUGGUUUUUCUAUUUGGUCGAUCUGGCAGAGUGAGAGAAGCAAUGGAGUUCAUAGAAAACAUGGAUAUAGCACCCAAUUCCGCUGUUUGGAACACAUUAUUCACUGCCUGCAGGAUCCAUGGCAACAUUACACUGGCAGUCUACGCAAUGGAGAAGCUGAACGAAUUAGAACCUGGAAAUUUGACAAAUUUGAAAAUUCUAGAGCAGCUUUAUGUUUUAGAAGGGAGAUCUGAAGAAGCUUCAAAGUUGCGGAAGCCUGUGAGCACUAACAGAAUGAUGGAAACUCUUGGUUACAGUUGUAUUGAAGUUAACAACCUGGUAUACCAGUUUUUUACAGGGGACCGGCCUACACCAUGCUUCAAGUCCAUGGAUGCAAAAGUAGACAAUUUUGCUCAAGAUAACAAGAUGACUAGACAUGAUUCUGGAUUUAGAGGCCUUCAUAUUUACGAGGAAGAGGGAGAGGAUGCUGUUGGCGUUCAUAGCGAGAAACUAGCGAUUGCUUUUUCUCUUAUAAACAAUGACAGCUCUCAACCUAUUCGGGUGGUAAAAAACCUCAGGGUAUGUCUAGAUUGUCAUAAUUAUGUCAAGUUGAUCUCUAGAUUUUAUGGGCAGGAGAUACUUCUGAAGGACACCAGUAGCUUGCAUCAUUUUAAAGAUGGUACUUGCUCCUGCGGGGACUUCUGGUGAACAACAUUAUGUAUAUAACGAUAUCCUAUUUUAGAAAUUGAGCGGCUUCAUGCGGAUUGGAAUUUUGUUUCAGUUCAAAUUGAGGGUCAACAGGUCAAUCUGAUCCAAGUGUUGAGCUAUUCAAAUUGGACUGCAGUCACCCUUAUCCUGUAAGGGCUGUUUGGCUACAGUAACCAUGAAUCUUCCUCAAUUUUUGUGGCAAAUUUAUGAAACACAAUGUUAUAAAGUUUUACGGAUCUACCUCAAUCAUUGGAGAAGGUUCAUGGAACAAUAAGAUACUGUUCUCAUUGCCAAACAGCCCCAUAAUGUACAUCCAAAUCUGUGAUAGUAUAUUUUGACGAAGGGUGAAAGAUCAUCACGAGUAUUGUUUUUCUACGGACUGUAUCUCGAUCAAGGGACUACUCUACAUCUUCUAUGUUAGGUUACCGGCCUCUGUAGACGGAGCUAUAUGAUGGAAACUUCCAGAAAUGCUCGCCUUUAUGAGUUGAGUCUCCAUCCAUCAGAAGUCUUGAUCGGCAGGGAGCUUAUUUUUCUUGAACGUGUGGAAGUUCUUUCUCAAACAGGACAUGCUAACCUGUUCAGCAAGAAAAUAUUGGAAGAUUUACAUGACAUUGCACCUGAACUGCAUAAAAAAAUAUUGGAGGUUUUGCAUGAUUCUGCCUCUCAACUGCAUUGCACCAGUCAAGGGCAUGCUCAAGAGUAAUGUACAUGACCAUGGGAACUUCUGGUUCGAGUAUAAAGCUGAUCAAGUUCAUUUCAUUUCAAUGUUGGUAAACAUCAGUUACUUUUUCAGCGCCCUGAUAAAGUGAUCUGGCUGCUUAUUCAUUAAUUUUUCAUUAAAAA